GGUAACCCAAAUAUCAUUCGUAUCUUUUCGUCGUGACCUUGGUCGUGCGUGCGUGCCAUCUUCUUAACAGCGGUCUUCGCGCGGUACAUUGGUAACAGUCCGUCGCGUCUGAUCGCGCGAGCUUCAAGUUCAAUCAAAUAAAACACGCGCGCGUUCUGCCACUGAGCCCGUCGUCGGCCAUGACCGGAUGCUGAACGAGAUCGAACCGUCGUCGUAACCACCCACUGCAACUGUUUGCGUUCACGUACGUGCGAUAAAUUCUCAACAUUCGAAAUGAAGGUAGCGGUGACCGUUUUAGCAUUCGUGGCUACCGUGGAUCUGGUACUUGGUGGACCGGGAUACGGUCCACCGCAACCGUUGCCGAGUCCGCAGAAGUACAGACCCCCGAACGGAGCACCGAUCCCAGCCAAGUAUCCUCCGUUCCCCGGCGGUCCUUUCGGUAAAAACGAAUUCUACUCCAAGUACAAUCCGCAUUCGCUACCGCCUGGGUUGCGCGGACCGCAGCCACAACUGCCGCCACCCUUCGGCAAAUAUCCGCCACCGAGCAAACAGCAACAUCAUCAACACCAGCUUCAAAUCCAACAUCCACAUCCGCAACAACAACAACAACAACAACAACUGCAACAGCAGAAAUACAACCAGCCACAACAGCAACAGAAACCCCACCACGCUCCCAACUUCAGACCGUUGGGACCGCAAUUCCAAUCAAAACCGCAUUUAGCUCAGAACAGUUUCGCCGUCCAAGAGCAUGGUAAUCAAGAUCAGCGACCCACGGCAAAGAUAACCAACGGUUGGACGGGACCCAGGCCGCAACAGCCCGCGGGACCGCCAGACUUCCCGCCGCGUUUCCCGGCCACGGUCGCGGCCGCAGCAGCGGCAGCUUCAUCCGCUCACGUGGCGGUGGCUACGCCGACGCCGUACGCCGAAAAGGUGGCCAGACCAUCGUACAUAAUAAACAGUGACGACGAGAGGGGUCCGAUAAAGACCAUACCGGCGCCGAACCUGAACCCGGCGGACAGGCCGGCCGACUUCGAGGAACAGCUUUACAGGGCGCAGCAUCAGCAGUCGUACGCGCAGCCGUUGGACAACUCGAUAACCGACGACAAACAAUUGUACCAGGUAACAGAAGACCCGAGCGUGUACAAACCAUUCAGCAGCCAACCGUCGUACUUUGCCCCAGACCUGGACGUCAGGACUACACCAAAGGUACCGUCUGUGGGCAAGGUGCCGUUGGACAUCGCGCUGCAGCAGCAUUUGGAUAAGCAGCACCAACAAUUUUCAGCCGAGCACGCCGGUGCCAACGGUGACACGCUGACACCGCAAGAGCUGUACUCGUUGUUGAACGGUAACCAAGCAGCAGCGGCGCAACAGACUGCUUACAUGGUACCACAAACGGUAAUGUACGCGGUACCACAAUCACAGGACUUGCAGGUCGGCCACCAGCUCCAUUACCAGCCACAGGGCAUACAACUGCAGUACGCCGCUCAGCAGCCGACCGCUGCCGCCGCCGUCCAAUUGCAGUACGCGCAGCCGACCGCCGCCGACCUGCAGUACUUGCAGCCUCAACCGGUCCAAUAUCAGCAGCAAGCGGUCCAAUACCAUCCGCAACCGGUCCAGUACCAGCAGCCAGCUGUGUCGUAUCAGCAGUACCAGCAAAUGUCAACGGGCGAUCAGCACGGAUCGCAGCCGACGGCCGAAAGCGUGGCGUACAAUCAGCAACAGGAGCAGCAACAGCAGUUGCAGGAGCAGCAACAGCAUCAACAGGAGCAGCAACAAAGUCAACAGGAGCAGCAACAGCAGUUGCAGGAGCAACAACAGGAGCAGCAGGAGCAGCAGCAGCAGCAGCAGCAGCAGCAACAAGAUAACGAUGUGCAGUACCAGCAGGAGCAAGCGGACUACGAACCCAGGAACCGGGAAAAGGACAUAGCCGAGCAGCAGCAGCAGCAGCAGCAAGAACCGAUAGCGGACGAGGAAGCGACGGUGCAGGACCAGAGCAAGUUCGAGAGCAUUCGCGACCAGUACUACUCGGCGGUGCCAAACGAGCAGACGGCGGGCGUGCUGGCGCAGAUCGCGCAGUCGGCGGCCAACAACGACGCGGCGACAGCGAUUGACGAGCCGGGUCGCGUGAACGCCGACCAGCCGUCCACGCAGCUGAAGACCACGGUGCAGGUGCAAAAAUCGGUGCCGUUGUACGAGGGCACGUACGCGUCGUCCAGGCGCACCAAUCAGGAGUACGUGGACGAGGGCGGCGAUAACGACGGCGAACUGAUGAUGGGCAGCGAGUCGGCGGUGGCCGGGUCGGACGACGCGUCCGUCAACGGGCACGCGCCCAGCCAGUUCCCGUACAACGCGGCCAAGAUAAACGCGUUCGCGGCCAACUGAUCCGUUCGCCGUGCCGGCGACUAAACGCAAAAGUCGCGCGACUGCAACAGUCGCGCCGACACGCAACAGCGUCAUGUCAUAAUCGUUAGUGUUUACGUUCGAGUUCAGUUAAUUUAAUUUUCCACGCGACCGCCGUACUACGCUACUACGCGUUCGCGAGGCUUAUUUAUUAUUUUUUUGUCGUAAGUUUUUGUACUGUUUUACGCGCAAACCCGUCGUUUUACUAUUGUUCUCGUGUUGCUUACCUAUACGCUGUACCAAUAAUAUUUAUUUAUAUAUGUAUAUUAUAAGCGAUACUGUUCGUA